UAUAUUCCAUGGGGCUUUCAUGGCGUUGUGAGGGUUUCGUCGUUUAGGGCUCCUUGGCGCGGCGAUGACGGCAUCGGCCGGCAUUUCUGCCGGCGCCGCCGCCCGUGUGGAAUGCCGCUGCUGUCCAUGCGCGUCGUCGCUCAGCAGCAGCAGCGGGGAUUGCCGAGUGAAGCUUUCAGCUGUGACAAAGAGAAGGCUGCAAAAGGCGAUUUUUUUGUGCGGAAAGAAGCAGCUAACGCGCCAGCCAGCAAGAGCUUCUCUCUUGCCCAACUCAAGCUGGUUUUUCCAAAAGAGACGGAAGAACACAGACCUCCCAGUGACGCAGUUUGUGCAGUGUGCAUUGUUUGAGGCAGUGGUGAUUGAAAUGACUAUGCGUUUCUCGUGGAAGCAUCUGUCGGGUGCUUUGCGAGACUUUGAGUUGUUAACGGCUGCUCUAGCGUUUCUAAAAGGCUUACACGCAUCUAAGCCAGUGGGAGUUGCGGCACCAGACUUCCUUUCAAGAGCUAAUUUUGCUAAGGUGGAUUGGAGCAGAUCACGCAUCUCUUACAUGCUAGAUGUCAUGCUCGAAAGGCAUCCCAUGUCGUAAGCACUAUACCAUUCAACUGCAAGCAUUAUACAUGUGCCUGCUUGCUAUGGGAUGCGUGGCUCUGACUUUGAUCGGAGGGAUUAUUUUUAAUAAGAACAGGACUUUUAACCAAAAACUUGAAGAUUCGUUUUGGGAUGCUUGGGCUUGUGUUUGUGCAUCUAGUAUGCACCUCAAAGAGACAACUCGUGCUGAGAGAGCAAUCGGUUUGAUGCUGGCAAUGUGCGGAAUAUUAGUUUAUACACUUCUCAUGGGCACGAUAAAUGCUCAGUUCAAAAGUCAUAUGGAUCGGCUGAGGGAAGGUGCUCAUUCUCAAGUGUACGAAGAUGGGCAUAUUGUAAUUUGUGGUGCGAACAACCAUCUCGUGACCGUUCUCAAACAAAUUAACAAACGUCAAGCACACUACUGGCGUUCUGGAGCAGCGAGAUCAAGAAAGCAGACAGUGUUGCUUCUCUCUGAGCGUCCACGAGCCUACACUGAUCAGCUUGUGAUGAGUGUAAAAGACCAACCUCAUCUUAAUAUUUUAACACGAAGUGGAAGUCUGAGCUCCACGCUGUCCUUCCUUCGAGUGGGUGCAGAUAAAGCUCGCACCGUGUGUUUUCUUUCCAACAAGGAUGACACAUACGAGGCGGAUGCAGAGGUUGUUCUUUCGGUGUUGGCUCUUCGGCCUUUACUUCAAGGAUUUAAAGGAAAUGUAAUUGCAGAGGUCUCAAAAGCGAGCUCCGCUAAUCUUUUAAUGUCAUUGUCGGGAACGAGAGUGCAAACCGUUCAAAAUCUUUCAGCAAAGCUAUUUGUACAAUGUUCACGGCAACCAGGGCUACGGGACGUAUACAGACAAGUGCUUAGCUAUGGGAAGCAUGUCAUAAACCUGUACAAAUAUCCGGGACUAUCAGGUUUGCACUACCAACAAGUCCGACGAGGCUUUCCAGAGGCUAUAAUUUGCGGAAUCCUUCGAGAAGGAAAGCUUGAUUUCCAUCCCCAUGAGGAUCUUGUCGUCCGAAGCAGCGACAAGUUCCUCGUUAUAGCACCGAAAGGAACUCAAAAGGAAGCUCCACAUAGUCUUGUGAAGAUUGCUGAAAGAUAUCGCAAGACCCUUAACACAAUUGACAAAAUCCUAUGCGACUGUAGAGGUGGACAGAAAUGUCAGAUUUCGACCGAACACGUACCAAAGCCACAACCAAAGGCGGCCGAGAAAGUCCUUGCUAGAAAAGAACGAAUUGUUAUUCUCGGGUGGCGCCCAGAUGUUUGUGAUAUGGUUCUCGAGUACGAUGAUUAUGUUGGUCCGGGUAGUGAAUUGGUUAUACUAGCUGAGGCCUCUUUGGAGGAAAGACAACUCGUAAUGGACAGAAGAUUUUCAAGGCCAUUACGGAACAUAACGUUGACGCACAAGAUUGGAAGUCCCAUGAGUCGAACAGACUUGAAACUUGCUAUUACAAACAUUGCUCCGGAGUUUGGAAAUGAGGAUACCCCGCCUUUGUCAAUCUGCGUCAUUGCGGAUGGCAAGUGGCACGUCGGAGGCACCCCAAAGGCAGACAAACAGUCUGCGUUUGCUCUUCUUCUCGCAGAAGCGCUAUGCAGAGAGUAUAAAAUCAAGGUGACGAGUUUGGUCGCCGAGUUCGUUGACAAGAAGCUUGGAAAGCAGGUUGUUCAAAGCCACCCGUCUCUAAAUUACAUCUGUACCCACGAGUUAUCAGGGCUCGUCACUACUCAAGUGUCGGAAAAUGCGGAUUUAAAUGCGGUCUGGACGGAGCUCCUCAACUCAUGGGGAAAUGAGAUAUAUGUCCAGGAUAUUGGCCUUUACGCAACCACCAAUGAAGCUCCCUCGUUCAACGAGCUUGCAGAGCGUGCGGUCUUGCGUGAAGAGGUAGCUAUAGGAUAUCGGCGAGGGAACAAAGUGGUGAUCAAUCCCAAGUCGAAAGAAAUACCACUCAGAUUCAAACCGGGAGACGCACUGGUGGUAAUUGCCGAGGACCAAUACGGAGUGAGCUAAGAGCUAAGGUGAGAACGUCCUGCCCGCGCUUUGGAAGAAUAUGCUCAUAUUUAAACGUGAGCUCCCGGAUCUUGGGAGGAAUAGCAAAUAGACUCGAGCGCCGUCAAGACCGGCGCGUGUAUCGAGAUCUGACGGUCAGGAUUGAAUUUUUGUCGUGCUUU